GCAGUUAAAAAUCCACUCACCUUACUCUAUUUUGGCACGUUGCUGGUUGCUGUGAUACUAUACCUAUGGAUCAAAUAAAUACGGUUUUGAAUUUGCGGAUUUGAAGUCAAAUGGGUUGAUGUUGAUAAUUAAUUUGUUUCUGGUGAUUAAAUCAGUGAUUUAGUUAUGGAAACAAACAAAUCGAAUUUGCUUGCUAAGUAUGAUUUAACUCUCGAAAGUUUGAGUUAUUCUUUUAUAGAGAAGUGUGAUAAUACUAAAACAUUAGAGAAGAUAGUUCGAGUUUUAAGGUCUGGAGAAGAAGGCACGUUCCCUCACCUGCUGAGCUGUGCAGAGGAGAAACUACGUGCUUUGAAGCCGACCAGCCGGGUUCUGAGAAGCACCGAACCUGUUCUCACAAGUAAAUCGCUCGAUCACCACAGCCGCAAGGAGCUGACCGAUGGUUUGAAGAAAUUUACAGCUGAAAUGAAAAUGCAAGAGGAUAAUUUGCACUCUACUGUUGCAAAGAAAUCAAAUCUGCCUGCUGUAAGAACAUCACAAAAGAAGACUUUGGGUGAGAUAAAGUUGCACCAAGGCGAAGCUUUAAAAAGUGCAGUUCCCCGGGAUUAUUCGGAGUGGGACAAGUUUGAUGUGGAUAGAGAGUUGAAGAAGAUGGAAGUAGAAGAAGAAAGAGAGAGAGAGGCUGCAGUAAUGCUGAUUCGGAAUAAGGAAAAAAAUUUAGAAAACCGCUUGAAGGAAGUUUCUCCGAUGUUUCAGCAAGACAUUUUGUGUGGCAUGUCUGAGCAGGAGAAGCAGUACGCGGAGGCGAGAGAGAAGCAGAAGGGCAACGAGUGCUUCAAGGCUGGCGAGUAUGUGGACGCAUUGUGCCACUACACGAGGUGCCUACAGCUGAGGGAGUCUCCCGACGUCUACAACAACAGAGCGAUGGCCUAUCUGAAAUUAGAACGGUACUCAGAAGCAAUAAAAGAUUGUGAUACUGUUCUUACAAUGGACCCAGAUAAUGCAAAAGCAUAUUACAGAAGAAGUAGUGCCUAUCAGAAGUUAUCAAAUUUUAUUCAGGCAAGAGACGACAUGGCGCGAGUCUUGGAGUUGCAGCCGGAUCUGCAGACUGCUAAAACAGUGCUUCGUGAUUUGGAGAAGCAGUGUGCGCAGCCAAAAAGCCGCAGAAUUCCGAUUACUGAUGUUGUCUCCGAGAAUUUUGGUUGCACCGGACAGACUGCAGAAACCAGGAGAAAUGAAAAUCUGGUUUUGAGGAACAUAUCUGUUGGGAAUGUAAAGAGAGAUAGUAAUGGCCUUAAGAAAAGAAACAUUUCUAGCCAUCCAAAGAUUGUGGAACUACCUGAUGUUGAGAAUGCUAAUGUACGUACAACAGACUGUGAAAAAAAUUCCGGUAUGAAAAGUGCUGUCACCGAACAGACUGCUAGAAGCAUUCCUGACAGAAAGCAUAGUGACUCUGUUGGAACACAAGAUGGUGAGAACAAUAAUGUAAGAGAUGCCUGGUUGAAACAUCAGAAGCAAGCCAGCCAACAAAGCAGACAGUGUGAAGUCUGCAUGAUGGAAGGCCGGAGUCCGAGCUAUGCGUGCCAGUGGCUACACACGCCUCCGAAGACACCUGCAAAGUGCCGGAAAACAAUAACGGGCAAGUUCAACAGCAAUGGGGUCAGGAAGUACAACUCCAGCAUAAUAACGGGGAAAGGUGAUGGCGAAAGAAUAACCAACUUGUCUGCGAUGCCAGAUGAUGAAACAGUGAACGUAAAACAAUGUUUCAGCACGGGAAAUGUGCACACAGCGGGAGAUGGAAAUGGUAACUUCUUAGGCAACACAACUUCUCCUUACAACUUUGUGAAGAUAUGGCAGCAAAUGCAGGAUGAAAAUUCACACUUGGUUGGUCAUGCCCAUCUCCUAAAGAACUUGAACCCUUCGGAGUUGCCCAAUGUGCUGGGGAACAAGUUGGACGGCCAAAUGCUGGGCAUGUUCUUGACGUGUUUGGACCAGCAUUUUGACGUGGAAGAGAACGGCAGACUGAUUGCUGACUACCUAUACAACCUGAGCAGAGUGCAGCGCUUCGGAACUGUCUUCAUGUUGCUGGAUCACAAAGAGAGAGCAGUUGCUCACAGGCUGUUGUGUGGACUGAAGGACGCUGGCGUUCCAGUGGGAAGCCUCGAGUCUGCGUUCCAGUUGGUGACUGCUCCCGAAGACUGAGAGAACUUGCAAGACAACUUCAAGCAAUAUUUAUACAAUUGUACCCGGGCAUUUACAUAGGUUGUCAUUUGUGCAUGUCACUGAUCUCAAAAAUAUUGUAAGCUUGUGUUUGUUACAAAAUGUGUGGCCGUGUAGUUUAGAUUCAGAGUUGGUACACAUCAGGUAAAUUCAGAAUGUGUCUGGGAAUUUUUGUAAACAAAAUGUGAUUUCAAGUUUAUGUACUGAUUGGGUUCGUAACUGACCAUUCUACAUGUUUACAGGGAUUAUAUUAACCAUUGUGCCUAUUAGUAUGAAGUGGAAAGUAAAAAAUUUUAAAUUUCAAACAGUUUCAUUAUGCAGGAAAAAUCUUUUUCGUGUGUACCAAGCAAGUCUGUCUAUAAUGGGGUGAGUAAACUUAUAAUUAUUAGACCCUGUUAUCUUCUUAAAAGAUAUUUUACUUGUGUUAGUUAUAAAAUUGUGUAGUGUAAAACUAUUGCAUCAAUGGUUGUAGGAACUACAGGAAAUAAUUUUUAUCUGUCCUAGGAGGCUCAACCAAUAGUAAAGUAUUCAAUUUCAUUGUAUGAUCCUAGCAGUCCUCAUGUUUUAUUCUUUAUUGAUAUGAACAUUUUGGGCACUCUUUACCAGCCAGAACCUCAUUGAAUAAAAAUUAGCACUUUAUUUAUGAAUAAGUGGAUCUAAAAAGAGUAUUCGUAAAAUUUUCCAGUUCAAACUUUUAUCUGGAAUGUGCACUACUAUUCUCUAUGGUGAUAAAAAAUAGGCCAUCUUUGAUUGUGUAAAGCAUUUUAAAUAAGGUUGGGUAGGGAUAUUGGCUACUAGUAUUCACCGAGAUUUAUUUUUAUGCUGUUGAUUAUACUGCUGUCUGUAAGAUCUGAUAACUUAAGAAUUGAAUUACUGAAUCGAUAAAAAAAAUUUUUAACUAUUUUACUAUAAAUUUUCAUAAUUGUUUUAGUGAAAUACAGAACAGAAAAUUUUAUGUAAUGACCAUUUUGAGUCAUUUAUAUGUUAGUACUAGACAUUUUUCUUAACCUUGUGAAUUGUGUCUAUGUAUGUAAUCAUCCUACUCUGCAGGAAGUUUUUAAUCAUAAUUGUGAUGCCUGCAUAUAAUUUCCACCUGUGUUAAUAAUAAUGGUAGAUGAAUAAAGGAGGUAUAUAAAGUA